AUGAUAUUGUCACUCUAUUGGUUGUUCCUUUGUAACCACGAGUUUGUGGUUUCUGGCCAUUGUCUUGAUGAUCAGAGGCCUUUGCUGCUCCAAUUCAAGAGCAACCUCACAUUCAAAGACAUGGCAGAUAGAAGUAGCAGCAGUCUGAAUUCAUGGAAUUCAAGUACUGAUUGUUGCAUGUGGAUGGGUGUGGUCUGUGAUGGGGAGGGACAUGUUAUUGGUCUUGACCUCGUUGCAGAAUCAAUAUCUGGUGUAUUAGACAAUUCAAGCAGUGUUUUCAGUCUCCAACAUCUCCAGAAUCUAAAUUUGGCUGAAAAUUUCUUCACAGGUCCAAUGGCAUCAUUUGGGAUGGCAAAAAACCUUACCAACUUAGACCUUUCUCACAAUGCUUUGAGUGGUGUAAUUCCAUCAUCUCACUUUCAAGGACUGCACAACCUUGUCUAUAUUGACUUGAGGGAUAAUUCUUUCACUGGAAGCAUUCCUUCUUCCCUUUUUACACUCCCAUUACUGCAAGAGAUUCAGCUUUCCCACAAUCAAUUCAGUCACCUAGAUGAAUUCAUAAAUGUGUCAUCUUCUGUGCUAAAGCUCCUGGAUUUAAGUAGCAACAAUCUAUCAGGAUCUUUUCCUACAUUCAUCUUCCAGUUAAAUACACUUUCUAUCUUCCGAAUUUCUUCAAACAAGUUCAAUGGGUCGGUGCAGCUGAAUAAGCUUUCUAUGCUUAAAAAUUUAACUGAACUAGACCUAUCAUACAAUAACUUAUCAGUCAAUUUGAAUGUUACAGAUGUCGACACAUCCUUCUUUCCCAGAACUAGAACUCUAAAGUUAGCAUCCUGCAACUUGAAAACUUUCCCUAGAUUCUUGAGAAAUAUGUCCACAUUGAUCCAUCUUGAUCUUUCUGAUAAUCAAAUUCGAGGGAUGGUGCCCAAAUGGAUUCAGAAACUAAAUUAUCUCAAUAUUUCUCACAAUUUGUUGACUGAUUUCGAACCACGUUUGCACAAUGAUAGUUCCAACUUGUCUCUCCUGGACCUUCAUUACAAUAACUUUCAAGGGCCAAUACCUGUUUUUCCCGCUAGAUAUUUGGAUUACUCCUGCAACAAAUUUAGCACUUUUAUCCCGAGUGAUAUUGGAAAUUACCUUUCUGAGACUUUUUUUCUCUCUCUUUCAAACAAUAAUUUGCAUGGGAAUAUCCCUAACUCCCUCUGCAAAGCUUCACGUCUUGCAGUACUUGAUCUUUCAAUCAAUGAGAUUUCUGGCUCAAUUCCCUUGUGUCUGAUGAAGAUGAGUGACACCCUUGAAGUACUAAAUCUGAAGAACAACAAGCUCUCGGGACAAAUUCCUGAUACAGGUCCAGCUUCAUGUGGUUUGUGGACCUUAAAUCUUCAUGGAAAUCUACUAGAUGGGCCAAUUCCAAAGUCUCUUGCCUUCUGCUCCAAGCUAGAGGUAUUGGACCUUGGAUCAAAUCAAAUAAUGGGUGGUUUCCCAUGCUUUUUGAAGAAAGUCAGUAUCCUGGUUUUGCGGAACAACAAAUUUCAAGGUUCCCUAGCAUGUUUGAAAGUGUGGCAAGUGCUUCAAGUUGUGGACAUUGCUUUCAACAAUUUUAGCGGAGAAUUGCCAGGAAAGUAUUUUACUACCUGGAAAAGAAAUAUAACGGAUAAGAAAAAUGAAGUUGGAUCGAAGAUCAUAGAGAAAAGGAUUGAAUUUAGUGAUUUAUAUUAUGAAGAUAGUGUGACAGUUAUCAACAAAGGUUUACAAAUGGAGUUGGUUAAAAUUUUGAGAAUCUUCACAUCCAUUGAUUUCUCCUCCAACCAUUUUGAAGGCCCGAUACCAGACAAACUAAUGGAAUUCAAAGAACUUUAUGCCCUCAACUUGUCAAACAAUUGUUUGUCUGGUAAAAUCCCAUCAUCAAUUGACAACCUGAUCCAGUUGGAAUCUCUAGACCUUUCAAAAAACUCUUUGAGUGGAGAAAUUCCUAUACAGCUUGCAAAUUUGUCAUUUCUUUCAUAUUUAAACCUCUCUUUCAAUCAUUUGGUGGGAAAGAUUCCAACAGGUACCCAACUUCAAUCAUUUCCGGCUUCUUCCUUCGAAGGUAAUGAUGGGUUAUACGGUCCUCCAUUAAUUGAAAAACAAAAACUGCUAGAACCAGAAUGUAGAAGGCUAGUGUGUAUAAUUAAUUGGAAUUUUAUCACUUUCGAAUUGGGACUGAUUUUUGGUCUUGGAAUUGUGAUUGGUCCACUCUUGUUUUGGAAACAAUGGAGGGUAUGGUAUUGCCAACUUCUGAACAGAAUUCUUUGCCUCAUCUUUCCGCAAUUGUAUCUUCAAUAUGUGACCGAUAGAGGACAAACAUAUGCAAUUUUAAGUUGGUGGUAUUAG